UGGUGGUGGUGGUUGGGCGGCCGACACGGACCGCGACCGGCCGGAGGGUCAUUCAUGGGCAGGCCGAUUCAUUGGCAUAGUCCUCGAGCAGCCAGCCUCCUCGUCAGAUCUAGGUGAGAGAAGCAGCGGACGACGUGAUGCAACCACGCGAGCAGAGCAACGGCUUUGGCUGCAGCGCGCACCGGCAGCGUGAAGGCCUCCUGACAUUCGCCAAAGCGGAGUGUGUGCUCAUGGGGUCGGAUCUGCGUUCUGCAGACGAAGAGUCUCACCAUAUCCACUUCGCAGAUUCUGGUUUCAACUCUCUAGAAAACAACUCGAUCAAACCCAAUGGCAGGCAGUACGAAGAAUGCAGGCGAAAAAGAAAAAAGGAUGAAUCGGAUCCUUCGCAGGGGAAAUCAGGGGUUAUGGGCUUGUUCAGAUGUGCCGGCAAAACAGAUUUAAUUGUGAUGUCUGUGGGACUCUUCUUCGCUGUGAUCCACGGUUCCAGCUUUCCAAUAUUAGCGCUAGUUUUUGGACAAAUGACCAACACGUUUAUUCAGCAAGCAACGCAAGGGUUUGUAACAGAAAAAAGAGAGGACGGUUUAUCGACAAAUUUUACCCACACCAAAUUUCCUUCGGGGACGAUAUCUCAUUUUGAACUAUUAACACAGUUCAACAAAAGUGAUCUGCACACGUGGAGGAACCAGCCACUAACUCCAGAGCAGUUCACGUCCUACAUGUCAAUAUUUGCCUUGUAUUACGUGUUUAUCGGCGUCGGAGUUCUUGUUGCGGCAUUUAUGCAGACUCUGUGUUGGGAGUUGGCGUGUGAGAAGCAAGUAUAUCGCCUACGUCAGAUGUUUUUCGCGCAAAUCUUGCGACAGGACAUCACCUGGUUUGACAGAAAUCAGUCUGGUGACCUCGCAAGCAAACUCUCGGACGACAUGGAGCGAAUACGAGAAGGGUUGGGCAGCAAAUUCUCCAUGGUGGUGCAGUACAUGUCUACGUUUGUUGCCGGAUUGAUCGUGGGUCUUUUUGCUAACUGGAGACUCACGCUGGUCAUUCUGUCCGUGGCACCGAUUUUAAUUGGAACAUCUGGCUACAUGGCUAAGAUAGCUGCCGCGUCAGCAGCACGAGAGCAGCUAAAAUAUGGAAUCGCGGGUGGCAUCGCGGAGGAAGUUCUAACCAGCAUUAAAACAGUUGCAGCGUUUGGUGGGCAGGCCAAAGAAGUGGAACGCUACAAAGAAGCUUUGGAGGAAGGUCGGUGGAUCGCGAUGAAGAAGUAUUACGUGUUGGCGGUCGGCAUGGCUGUCGUCUUCUUCAUCACCUACGGCGCCUACGGUCUCGCAUUUUGGUAUGGCGCGCGCCUCAUUGGCGCGGAAAUCUGCACGCCCGGCAGUGUUUUCACGGUGUUUUUCAGCGUUAUGACCGGCGCCUUUUCGCUGGGCAACGCUCUUCCAUUUGUAAACGCAGUUAGUUCAGCCGUUGGUGCCGCGUCAACGAUUUUCGCCAUAGUGGACCGGGUGCCUGACAUUGAUGCUCUGGACCCAACAGGUCUGCGGCCAAAACACAUUAAAGGAAAAAUCCAGUUUCACAAUGUAUUUUUCACAUAUCCCACAAGGCCUGAGGUUCAGGUUUUGAAAGAAUUUAAUUUAGUAAUAGAGCCAGGGAACAGAGUUGCCCUAGUCGGUUCCAGCGGCGCUGGCAAAAGCACAGUUGUGUCUCUCCUACAGCGCUUUUACGAUCCUGACCAAGGCGAAAUCUUGCUCGACGACGUGGACGUAAAACUAGUUAACGUGAAGUGGCUCCGAGCGCAAAUAGGCGUUGUUUCGCAGGAGCCAGUUUUGUUUGGCACCACCAUCUGCGACAACAUCAGAUACGGCCACGAUAAGGUUAGCUAUGAGGAGGUAAUCAGAGCUGCAAAAUUGGCUAACGCUCACGGAUUCAUAUCCAUGCUGCCACAAAAAUACGACACGCUGGUCGGGGAGCGUGGCGCUCAACUGUCUGGAGGCCAGAAGCAGCGAAUUGCCAUUGCCAGAGCCAUAGUGAGAGAUCCAAAAAUUUUACUCUUGGACGAAGCCACUUCUGCACUCGACACGCAGAGUGAAUCUGUCGUACAGGAAGCACUCGAGAAAGCAAUGGAAGGGCGAACAACGGUGAUUGUGGCUCACAGGCUUUCGACUAUUAGGAACGCCAACAUUAUUUACGCAAUGAGGAAUGGGGAGAUUGCUGAGUGGGGCGAUCACGAGGAGCUGAUGAUGAGCAGAGGUCUUUACUACAGCUUGGUUACCCUUCAAACAACGCACAGCGCAGAUGAAUCGGAAUUUUAUGAGUCUGAAUAUGAGCAGGAUUUUUCUGAGGAUGGCAACAAUGAUAUUUAUUUAUCAAACAAACCAAUGCUGGCAAAUGACAAGCCACAGACUGUGAAGAUUCAAAAUAAGAGCCUUUCUACACUCUCCAUUACCUCUUACAAUGAGACUGAGAUGGAAAUGGCAACUCCAAAAGAGCCGUUUUUCAACACUAGCAAUAUUUCUUUGAGACUGAUAAGACUGAAUAGCCCAGAAUGGCGCUGGCUAGUGCUUGGGCUCAUCGGCUGCACCAUUUUUGGAUCUGUGAUGCCCGUGUUUGCUUUUUUCUACGGGGAAAUUUUUGCCACAUUUACUUUGGUGGGAGAUGAGCUGCACGCAGCAGCCGAAUUUUGGACAUUUAUGUUCCUCGCACUGGCAGUAGGAUCUGCUUUCAGUUUUUGGCUUCAGACUGUUGGCAUGACGAGUGCAGCAGAAAAGUUACUGGUAAGACUGCGCCUGAUGGCAUUCACUAACAUUUUGAGACAAGCUGUUGGCUGGUUCGACUUAGAGCAAAAUUCCGCGGGAAGACUGGUAACUAGACUUGCGAGAGAUGCGCCACUGGUGAAAGGGGCUUCCGGACUGCGCGCUGGAAUGGUGCUGAGCGCACUCGUAACCUUGGUGGCUGCUCUGAUUAUAGCUGUGAUUAACGGGUGGAAACUGGCUCUGCUUCUGCUGUUCGCGGUUCCCUUGCUUAUCAUGUCUUCCUACCAGCAAACAAUGCUCCUCAGGAGACACCAACGGAGGGAUGCCGACUUGUUCGACCAAGCAGGAAGAAUCGCCACUGAAAGCGUUCAAAAUGUGCGAACGGUCCAAUCUCUUGGCAAGGAAAGACUAUUUUUCAAUAAAUACGUGAAAAAUUUGGAGGCACCAUUCCGGGAGGCAAGAAAACAGGCAUUAUUGUACGCCAUGGUAUUUUCAUUUUCUCAAGCCGUCAUUUACUUGAUGUAUGCUGGAGCAUUCCGAUACGGCGCCUAUUUGAUUGAAAUUGGAGAUAUGAUUCCUACUGACGUUUACAGAGUAUUUUUCGCACUGGCGUUUUGUGCAACUUCUGUGGGCCAAACUUCGGCUUAUUUGCAGGACUACACAAAGGCAAAGCACUCAGCAAGUUUAAUGUUUGAAUUGAUUGAGCAGCAGCCAGAAAUUGACGGGGCCGCCACUGCUGGAGCUCGACCAGAUAUUAAAGGAGACGUCGAGUUUCGGGAAGUGCGAUUUCGAUACCCAAGCCGCCCUGCUGUGCCUGUGCUCCGCGGUCUCAGUUUCAAGGUCAAGAGGGGUCAAACUUUGGCCCUUGUCGGUGCGUCGGGUUGCGGCAAGAGUACAGCAAUUGCCCUGCUUGAGAGAUUUUACGACCCUCUUGAAGGGCAAAUUCUGGUGGACGGAUUUGACAUCAGGACGCUAAAUCUGUCUUACAUGAGGUCCAAAAUCGGAAUUGUGACCCAGGAGCCGGUUUUGUUUGACUGCUCAAUCAGGGACAACAUUGCUUAUGCGGCUGUUACGUUUGUCACAGACAGUGACAUCGUACAAGCUGCAAAAAUUGCCAACAUUCACAAAUUUAUAUCGACUCUGCCCCAAGGAUAUGACACGUUAGUCGGUGAACGAGGAACACAGUUGUCAGGAGGCCAGAAACAGCGUGUGGCGAUUGCUCGGGCGCUCAUUAGAGAUCCAAAAAUUUUGCUGCUUGAUGAGGCGACGUCAGCAUUGGACACAGAGAGUGAAAAGGUGGUGCAAGAGGCGCUUGACAAAGCCAGAAUGGGCCGCACAUGCAUAGUGGUUGCGCACAGAUUAUCAACAAUAAAAAACGCAGACUGCAUUGCUGUGAUCCACCAAGGGAAAGUGGCAGAGGUGGGAACUCACGAAGAGCUAAGAGCAAAAAGGGGCAGAUACUUUGCACUGACGCAAGGACAGAAAUUGUGAAUUUUGAAAGGAAAUAACUAUAUUUUUAAGCUUUAUAACUAGAAAAAUAAACAUUUUAUUGCUACGAUGACCGAUUGAGCCUGCCAAAUGAUUUCAAAACGAGUAUUUUAAAAGACUGCAGCAUCAGACCGAUAUUUUUCUUGUACCAUUCUGCGUUGUAUUUGACGUGCACUUGCCAGUUGUUGUCGAGGAAUCGCUUGUAAAAUACAGACAUCUCAUCUGCA